AUGUCCACCUGGAAACCUGACGAAAUCAAUGUAAUUCAUAGUUACCUACAGAAUAAAAGUGGACCAAUAAGAGCAGAAGACCACAAAGCCAUUAAUGAGAGAUUACCAGGUCGUUCCAUACCAGCAAUUGAGAAGAAAUGUUUGGAGCUGAAGCACAAUCCUAACCUCCCUAACCGUACGAACAAAUGGACAAGUGAAGAGAUAAACAGACUAAUCAGCGAAUAUGCCGCAAGACCCGAGGCCCAAAUAUCAGCCGGUAUCGACCGUAUCGCCGCCUUUUUUCCCGGUAGGACGAAGAAGGCAAUUGCAACAAAGCUCCGAGAAAACCACCCCCAAAUAUACUAUAGGACGACAACCCAGGUCCCCCCCCAGAAUACAAACACAGCCCAACCCCAGAAUACAAACACAGCCCAAGCUGAAAGCCCAGUCGUAACACAGCGUAGGUCACAAAUAUCUCCAGAAAGAACUCCUCAACCAACCAGCCGAGUACACCCACCUGAGGAAGGAGAUCAACAUAGCCCCGAACACACGAUCCAAUUGAUCCAAAUCAAUGAAGACGAGCUGAAAACCUGCCCUCCAGACUAUAAAAUUACCGAGGAUAAGAUCAAACUCUUGAACAACAGUGUAGACAACGCAAAGAAGAUCCUUAACUGGAAGGGAGGUAAUUUUGGACGCUCCCUCACUGAAGAAGCGCGUCGAAUAAAGAAGGCCAAGAUGACCACGAGAGAAUACAUAACAAUGCUCGAAGAGAGGACGGCACUUCUGCAACAAAAACUUGACAAGCUCAAAUCAAGACACCGAAAACAUGAGAGCACAACUAACACCCCAGCCCUCGACAGAUGGAUAGCGAAACUCCAGAGAGAGACAGCAUCACACAGGUAUCAAGACCAACUACAGGAAUCCCGGAUAAACGAGCAGACCAUGCAGGUACUGGCCAAAACAGCUCCAUGGAAAGCUCCAGGUGAGGAUGGCAUUCCAGCAUAUCUUUACAAGACGUUUCCAGCAGCAAAGUCCUACCUUCAGAGGUUUAUAUACACCACAAUAACAGGUGAACAUAAAAUGGCAGAACCUGACUGUAGGGCUGAAGUUGUCUUGAUUUAUAAAAAAGGAGAUAACAAAGACCCGGAAAACUACAGACCAAUAGCGUUACUGAACACCGAUUAUAAAAUACUAACUGGGGGAAUGUUGAUCGAUAAGGCCAUAACCCAGAGAGCAAGACAAAAUAGAGCUAAGCACUACUCUGCGUGGUACAACUUUAAGAAGGCAUUUGACACCAUAAGCCACCGUCACUUGAAGAGGAUGAUCAGCGUGUUACCACUCCACAAAAAUAUCAAGCGCCUCCUCAAAAUAGUAAUGGAGCUCUGGACCCUCCGAGUGAGAGUCGGAAAGGGAAAGACUGCUCCCAUCUACAUAAAAAGGGGCUUAUACCAGGGCGAUUCACUAAGCCCCCUGCUGUUCAUACUGCUGACUGCAUGUAUUAUAGAACACUUGAAAACAAGUCCACAAAUCAUCAAGAACACCAGAGGACAAUUUGACAUACUAGCAUUCAUGGACGACAUAAAAUGCCAUAUCCGUGAAGGGUACAAAUACCUUGGACUAGAGCAACUGGAACGAGACUCUGCAAGAAACUACGAUACCACAGAAGAAAAGAUCAUAAAAGAAACAGAGAAGAUAUUUCGCUCCCCACUCACGGUACCGCAGAAGGUUCACCUCUUCAAUACGACCACAGUACCAAGUGCCAUCUAUGUACUCGGUAACAUCUACCCCGACGAAAAGAGUAGUACAACACUGAAAAAGUGUAGAGAUCUGGAUAAGGCCAUAAGGAAGAUCUUAACUAUUGAAAAUCAUAAGGGUAGAACAACAUCAAAUGCCCAUGUCUAUCUGCCAAUCACUAGGGGAGAUAUAUGGGUCUGA